AUGAUUGGUGUCCAGUCGAUGGUAAAACAUCAGGCUGAGCCAUCGUUGGGACGAAACGUGCGGCGCAAUGGCCGCGGCGUGCGUGCCUUUGCGGUCAGCUGCUGCGGUGUCGGUCGGGAAAAACUAGACGCGCGCAUCCGGGGUUCGGAACUCGACACCCGACAAGACGGUGACCACAAGGGGACUACCCCUAAGUUCGAUGGAAGCUUCGACAGGGCACCGCGUAAAGCCAUCGUUUUAAAACGCUCCGCCCUGGCGCGUCGGAGCGUCGCGUCGCCGCAACCGCAUCAAUCGGCGGCCGCCGCAUUUUUGCCACCUGACCAAUCGCCCGUGAAACUUCACCGCGUCGCGUUUACGGCUUCGCAUUUU